AUGUCGCAUAACAAAUCUGUUAAUACAAAAGACUAUUCAAUCACUGAAUUAAUUGAUACUGACCCUCGAUAUGAAGGUCUUAAAGAACGGUUAUCUGCCUUUAGAACAGGUAGCGAUGAAUAUAUCCGCGAGAUGUUCAAUGAGUUACCAUUAACUAGUUGGCCAAGGUAUAAGACUUUCUUAAAGGAGCAAGCUGUCCCUAUGCUAGAUUCCAAUGAGAAUCAUAGUUAUAGUCCGGUCUAUAGAAGUUCUUUGUCUCCAAAUCAUUUAAUUACUACAAUGGAUCCCCAUUUGAAAACAUUCUAUGAUCAUUUUCAAUUCGCAGUUAGGAAUUGGCCUACAAAUGAUUGUUUAGGUGUAAGAACUUUUGACCCUGUGAAAAAUGAAUAUUCAAACCAAUACUAUUGGGAAAGUUACCAAACUGUCAAUGAUAGAAGUCAGGCAUUCGGAAGUGGUCUUCUAUCACUAGUUAAUACAAAAAGAGGUAAACCAUUAAGAAGUAACGAUUUCAUCGUCUCCAUCUUAUCUCAUAACACUCCAGAAUGGAUCAUUGCCGAUUUCGCUUGUCAGGCUUAUUCUUUAACAAAUACUGCUCUGUAUGAAACUUUGGGCCCUCAAACUUCAGAAUAUAUCAUGAAUUUAACAGAAUCUCCAGUAUUAAUCUUCGCCAAAUCUAACAUAUAUAACAUCCUUCGUAUCUUACCCAAAUUUAAACAUUUAAACACUUUAAUUUGUACUGAAGAUUUAACUAAAGAAGAACUAUCACUUUUUAACACUUCAUUAUUAUCAAUCUCAGAAAACUCCAAGAAUGAAAAAAUCAGUAUGUUCUCACUAAAACAGGUUGAAACCAUCGGUAAACUCAACCAAAUCCCACUCAUCCCACCAAAUCCAGACUCCGUAUAUACUAUCUCCUUUACUUCAGGUACUACAGGUCUCCCAAAAGGUGUGGAAAUGACCCAAAGAAAUAUCACCUCUGGUAUCGCAUUCUCCAUGUCUACUUUCUACAAAGUAGUAGCCAAGAGAGGCCAACAAUUACACGACAUUUGUUUCCUACCUCUAGCUCAUAUUUUUGAAAGAAUGUUAAUAGCCUGGGACUUGUCACAAGGUGUCGGUUUAGGCUUCCUACAUCAACCAGACCCUACAGUCCUAGUCGAGGAUUUAAAAAUUUUAAAACCAGACGCCAUUGCCUUAGUACCAAGAAUCUUAACAAGAUUUGAAGCUGGGAUCAAGAACUCAUUGGAUAAAUCCACUUUCCAAAAAAAUGUAGCUAAUAAUAUAUUAGACUCCAAAGUAUCAAGAUUCACGUCCAGAGGUGGGCCUGAUAAAUCGUUGAUGAAUUUCUUAGUGUUCCAUAGAGUUCUUAUUGAUAAGAUUAGAACCUCAUUAGGGUUGAAUAACGCAUCUUAUAUCGUUACUGGUUCUGCUCCAAUUUCCAAAGAUACGUUGUUAUUCUUGAGGAGUGCUUUAGAUAUCGGUGUCAGACAGGGAUAUGGUCUUACUGAGUCAUUUGCUGGGAUUUGUUUAAGUGAACCGCAUGAACGUGAUGUUGGAUCCUGUGGGGCCAUCGGUAUUAGUGCGGAAUGUAGAUUGAGAUCGGUCCCAGAAAUGGGGUAUGAUGCGGCAAAGGAUUUGAAAGGUGAAUUGUUAUUGAGAGGUCCUCAAAUUUUUAGUAAAUAUUUUAAAAAUCCUGAAGAAACCUCUAAAGCUAUUGACUCUAACGGUUGGUUUGCAACGGGUGAUAUUGGAUUCAUUGAUGGAAAGGGAAGAUUACAUAUCAUUGAUAGAGUGAAAAAUUUCUUCAAAUUGGCUCACGGUGAAUAUAUUGCGCCUGAGAAGAUUGAGAAUUUAUAUUUAUCGUCUUGUCCUUAUAUUACUCAAAUUUUUGUUUAUGGUAAUCCAUUGAAAAAUCAUUUGGUUGGUGUCCUUGGCUUAGAUAUCCCCGGUGUACAAGCUGCCUUAGAGAAGAAGAAUAGAAUUGUGAAAAGUUGGACAGAUGAGCAAUUGAUAGACAAUUUGAAUUUGGAUCCACAAUUAAGACUUCAAUUGCUAAAACUUGUAAAUAAAUAUACAAAGGGAUUACAAGGUUUCGAAAAAUUACAUAAUAUCUACGUGGGUCUUGAACCUUUAACGGUAGAGGACGAUGUCAUUACUCCAACUUUGAAGAUAAAAAGAAUGAAUGCUUCAAAGAGAUUUAAAAAGGAAUUGGACGCUUUGUAUGAAGAAGGUUCAUUGAUCAAGAACGGUAACUUAUAA